UUCAGACUUAAUGGAACAGAACAAGGAGAUUGAAAAACUGAGCAAAGGAGAGGAGAAACAAUAUCAUGUCAAAACUGGAGAAAAAUCUUUGAGGAGAGCCAAAACUUCUUGCCUACAUUGUGGAAAGAGAUUCCCAAACAACAAAAGUCUUCAAAUUCACACGAAGAUCCACACUGGAGAGAAGCCAUACACAUGUAAUCAGUGUGGGAAGAGUUUCACACGAAAAGAGACCCUUAAUGAUCACAUUAAAAUCCACACUGGAGAGAAGCCGCACACAUGUGAUCAGUGUGGGAAGAGUUUCACACGAAAAGGAAAACUUAAUGAUCACAAGAAAAGCCACACUGGAGAGAGGCUGCACACAUGUGAUAAGUGUGGGAAGAAUUACACAUACAAACAAACCCUUAAUGAUCACAAGAAAAGCCACACUGGAGAGAGGCUGCACACAUGUGAUAAGUGUGGGAAGAGUUUCACACAAAAAGGAAAACUUAAUGAUCACAUUAAAAUCCACACUGGAGAGAAGCCGUACACAUGUGAUCAGUGUGGGAAGAGUUUCGCACGAAAAGGAAACCUUAAUAAACACACGAAGAUCCACACUGGAGAGAGGCACACAUGUCAUCAGUGCGGGAAAAGUUUCACACAAAAAGGAAAACUUAAUGAUCACAUUAAAAUCCACACUGGAGAGAAGCCACACACAUGUGAUCAGUGUGAGAAGAGUUUCACACGAAAACAGCAACUUAAUGAUCACAUUAAAAUCCACACUGGAGAGAAACCACACACAUGUGAUCAAUGUGGGAAGAGUUACAUACACACAAACAACCUUGAGUAUCACAUGAGAAUCCACACUGGAGAGAAGCUGUACACAUGUGAUCAGUGUGGGAAGAGUUUCACACAAAAAAGAUACCUUAAAGAUCACAUUAAAAUCCACACUGGAGAGAAACCACACACAUGUGAUCAGUGUGGGAAGAGUUACAUACACAAAAGAAACCUUGAGUAUCACAUGAGAAUCCACACUGGAGAGAAGCUGUACACAUGUGAUCAGUGUGGGAAGAGUUUCACACACGCCAUCAAUUUUAAAUCACAUCUGUUUUCUCAUUCUGGAGAAAGACCAUUUUACUGUGAUCAGUGCGGAAAAACAUAUUUUUCAUCAUUUUCCCUGAAGAACCACUUGAAAGUUCACACAGAGAAGCCUCACAUGUGUUCUUUGUGUGGAAAGAGUUUUAGUCAACCGAGUGCUUUAAAAUAUCAUCAGAAAAUACACAGUGGUGUGAAGAAUCAUGUGUGCUUUGAUUGUGGGAAGACCUUUAUUACAGAUCAUGCAGUGAAACUGCACCAGAGAAUUCACACUGGAGAUAAACCUUACAAGUGUUCACAUUGUGACAAGAGAUUCAGUUUUUCAGGAAAUCUGAAAGAACACAAGAUGAUCCACACUGGAGAGAAACCACACACGUGUGAUCAGUGUGGGAAAGGUUUCACACGAAAAGGACGCCUUAAUAUUCACAGGAAAAAACAUAAUAGAGACAAGCCACACAUAUAAGACCUCACAUUGUCAUUCUGGACAAAGACAGUACUUUUUGCAUUACCCCAGAAGAACCACAUAAAAGUUCAUGUAAGAAUUGAGAAAUUAGGAAAUGCUUGAAGUGCGACCAGACCCUGAGAGAACAAAAGGACCUCUCUGGAAAUUAGCAUUUAAACUCACCAUUUGUGAGACAAAGUGUCACCUCAGAACACAUCUCUCCCCCUCUUCCUCACUCCCCCUCUCACAUGCUGAAACCACAUGUAAAUCACCCAAGAAAAUGUAUAGUUUAAUGUGAAUGAUUACCACAGAGUAUCUUUCAUGUUUGGUAUCAUUUAAAAUGUCACAG